AGUGUACUUCAGUUGUGAGAGUGUAGGCAGAGUCGCGGUCAGACUGUUAGCAAGUCUGAUCAGACUUGCUGUGUAAUGGCUACAACAACUUACAUCGCAUCAAGUGCAGUGUGUCCUGAUCCAGUCAGUGUGCCAGACUGUCUCACCAUGAACAUAGUGAACUCUCAAGGGUACGGGCAUCGUGAUGCCCACGAAAUGAAGUAUAUGCCCCAACAACACGCGCCCGUGGCUCACAAUCCAUGGGUGGGUCUGCCCCAUUCAGAACCAAACCCAUGGGCCUCGAUGCAUACACACCCAGGUAUUCACCAGGACAUCAAGCCUCAACCUUCAGAAGUGGCCCUCCACCACCGUCCACCACAUCACAUGGGCCACAGUUGGCAGCCUCCUGUGUCCUCGCCCUACAGCCUGGCGGCAAGUAACACAAGCUCUCCGCUGGGCCAUCAUGCCGCCGCCUACGGUAUGCUCCCGCCCCAGAUGCACCCUGGACACCUGCGGGAACUUCACUGUGAGUCUCCCGUCACACCUGACCACCACAUCCACCACGAAGUCGAAGAGGAAGCCCCCACUAGUGACGAUUUGGAAGCAUUCGCCAAAUCCUUCAAACAGAGGCGUAUCAAACUGGGUUUCACGCAGGCGGACGUCGGCCUCGCCCUUGGAACUCUCUACGGCAACGUCUUUUCACAAACCACCAUCUGCAGGUUUGAGGCUUUACAGUUGUCCUUUAAAAAUAUGUGCAAGCUGAAGCCGCUCCUGCAGAAGUGGCUGGAGGAGGCAGAUUCCACAACAGGCAGCCCAACUUCCAUCGAUAAGAUUGCUGCCCAGGGGAGGAAGCGCAAAAAGCGGACAUCCAUAGAAGUGUCCGUGAAAGGUGCUCUAGAACAACACUUUCACAAGCAGCCCAAACCCUCAGCACAAGAGAUCUCACAGUUGGCCGACACCCUUCAGUUGGAAAAGGAAGUGGUCCGAGUUUGGUUCUGCAACAGACGGCAGAAGGAGAAGCGGAUGACUCCUCCUAUCCUGAACGGUCCCGACACGCAGGUUGUGAACGGCACGACCCCAGGCCCGGGACAGCAGAUGACGCCCACAUCAGAGUACGGUCAGCCUAGGUCAGUUGACAUUCCCCGUGAGCUGAAAUACCCCGCCUAUACCCACCAGUCUAUGCACGGGUCCCCUACGCACCUCCCUCCCCAGCACUCACCGCCGGGCCCUCUACUAUCGCCACAAAUGCCCCCUCAUAGCGUGGCGCCCUCACAUACAAUCACCCACUGAUGGUCGCUCAACCUGUGGCAGGAGCCAGCGUACUGACCACCAGCUAGCAAGGGAGCUUCGGCUGCUCCCUCCGGACUCUAACUGCAGCCCCUCGUGAUAGUCUUCGCCGCCAAGAACCUGGCUGGGCUGGGAGGGGCAGUGGCGCGGCGUCCUCGUGGAGCGCCUGCUGCCACUCCUGCCGGCAGGAGCAAGAGUCCCACGCACCUCUAGUCCCCGGGCCGGCCAGCCUGGGCCCCCGGGAGGAGGGCGACACCCGAGCGGCCAGACAGACCGUCAACACGAAGCCAGAGAUAGUGAGCCAGACUGAACACUGGUGUGUCCAUUAUUGUGAGAAACUACUUCAGUGAUAACCUAUUUUCUCUAGACUAACCUCGAGCUAUGCUGAGGAAGUGUAUAAAUCUUAUGGAUAGAGAUCAUUCCAUACUUCGUCAGACAUUCCAUAAAUUACCGACUCUGCCCAGAGCGAGAUGUCACGUGUGACUCAUCCGAUUCCUCAGUGAGAUGAUAAGUAGUAGUGUAAUGACUGAGCUUCAUAUUACGUGUGAACAUUAUGUAGCGGUUACGUCGAGUUUUUUGUGUGCGUGUUUGGAACAUUCCAGUGGUGGUGAGUGGCGGGUGGCAACUGCUGCGGGCUGGCUGCUGGGCGGCCGCGGACCCGACAUCUGGCCCUGUGGGCGGCUCAUACACCGCCCACUCACACGCUAAAGUUAUCACCAUCAUGAAAUGAAGAUUUGCUGGCAGUGAUGAUGGGCGCGUGUCGUCCGUCCGUCCGUCCGUGGUGACAGCGGCAGCCCCCGCCCCGCCACCCCGCGCGCCGUGACGUGUCCGUGCUCCGGCCUCACCCCGCCGCCUCCGCAUCGAACCGAUCGUAAACUGUCUAUCUGGCAAGUAGAAAUUAUCUAUUGAAAAUUCUGAGUGAGUGUGGCGGAGAGGUGAGCGCGCGGAGUGAUCAACUGGUGAGUGUUGUGUGGCCGCCCGUGGCCGCGGGACCCGUCGCCCGCCGCCCGCCGCAGUGUACAUAGUUACCCGUGUAAAUACUGAAGAAUCCGUGGCGGUGGCCGCCCGCAGGCAAGCCGCACUUGUGAUAUGUCUCAAGAGCUGAAUUUAUAAUAAUUUCAUUGUAAUAUAUGUAUCAUUCAUACUUAGAUUAACCCUGAGUAUAUUUAGUUUGUGUUGACUGUUUCCCGCUACUGCUAACGUCGGAGUGGACUGGUGCGGUCGUGACGUAGUGGUGAACAUAGCCUCCGUGCCGCUGUCGCCGCGCAUUGCCAUCGCUGCCGCUGCCAUAGCCGCCGCCGUUGCUUUCGCCGCGCCCUUCAACCCACCCGUACCAGCGGCGGCGUAACGGCGGCGCCCUGGCGACCCACUGCACCUCCUCGGCACGCCCAGAUAACGUCCUCUACGUACGGAAAUGUGGAUAUCGCGGCAAUGGGAAGCGCCCUUUGGCACCAGAUGAUCUGUCACAACCAAAUCCUCCACCACAUGUUCCCUCCUGAGAGAGGCCUGGCCGCCGCCCGCCCCGCCGGGGACGCGGUGGCGGUGCCGGUGGCCGAACCUUGGGCCCGCUCACCUUCACAAAACCUCCUCUUCUUCAAGUUCGUCGUCCCGCCCAGAAGACCGAGGGAGGCUCUCCGCCGCCGCACGCGCCGGCCCGGGCGUGAGCGCGGGUCUCCAGUGCGGCGCGAGGAGGAGUCUCUCCUUCCAUCCCUCGACAGGAAAAGAGUCCGUCAUGCCGCCCCUCGGAGCCUCGGCAUCAUCGCCCGUCGUCCCGCGACUCCUUGGCUCCUGAAACUAUCUAGUCGAGCCAGUGGGUCCGCUCCCCUGCAGAGGCCGUGAAUCCAUCCUCGCGUUCUGCAGAGUCGUGGAGUGAGUGGUUCCUGCGUCCAGUGGCCGAACAGUGGGUUGGUGGGUGAGGAUGGCGCCCUGCUCAACGCCGCACCCCGUCUGUGUUUGUUAUUAAUGUUCUGAAUGUCUGUACGAGGCUCUAGUAACUUAGCUGGUAUCGUGGUUGUCAACCUUACCUCAGUCCGCAAUCACGCCAACAUACCGCUAUAACUGUUGUAUCUACUACCAUUACUACUACAAUGUAGCCCCUCACGGGUACCGUUAUGAGGAAUUAUAUUAGUGCUAUAAUGAUUUCAUUCAUUCAUACAUUAACGAAACGUCUUGAUAGGAAAGGAGAUCUUUUUACACAGUGAAGUUUGUUUGUGUCAGAGUACAAAGGUUCCCGUGCGAGAAAUAUUUACUUUCCAUAUAAGAGUACUUGGAAAUCUGUAGUCAAGAAAUGUAAAUAACCUUGUAUUAAACUUAUUAUGAAUAAUAAAAGAAAGAUUUGUCUA